GCUCUUCAUUUUGUUGACAAAGCGAAGCACUCUGAACCUACAAUAUAUCUAAACAAGCAAAGCAGUCUCUCCAUUGAUUCUUUGAAUCCAUGUCCCAAACAACAAUCACACUAAAUAAAUAUUAAAAUUCGAGUGCAAACACAGUGGGGGAAAACUGAAUGAUUAAUUCUCCCCAAAGCAAGGAGGGUAUGAUAAGGUACUGCUGCUGGUGCUACUACUACUCAUCCUCACACUCAUACUCCUCACAGAUUCUGAGAUAUCCAAUGGAAAACCACUUACAAAGCAAGAAGGUCUAUCACCAUUAUGACCACACUGAUGCUUGCAAGAACUCCAGGUGGACUGCUAGGGAAUGUUACGAGUUCAUGUACAGCAGGCCAUGGCAACAAGUCCUUGAUUACUAUUCCGAUGUCGUUAACGGUCGCAUGUCAUUGUCAGCAUUGUUUCCGACUGAGCAUAGAGAACUUUCUCCACAGAUGCAUUCUGUUUGUAAGGAUGGUGAAAUCAUAGAGGCUUCUGAAAAAUCUGAAUCUGCUAGUGUUUCAACUAAAGAUAGGAGUGGAAGGUGGGCAAGACUAACAUUUAAGAUAGUCCUUUCAUAUCUCGGGGGAUCCUUUGAAGGGUGGCAGAAGCAGCCUGGCUUGAACACUGUCCAAGGUUUAGUUGAAGGAUCUCUUGGAAGAUUUGUUGAUGAAAAGAAAGCUAACCAGUUGAAAGACAAGGGUUCACCUAUAGAAGGCGCUGUUGUUGUUGCUGGGCGCACUGACAAAGGAGUGACAGCUCUUCAACAAGUUUGUUCUUUCUAUACUUGGAGAAAGGAUGUUAAACCUGAAGAUAUCAUGGAUGCCAUCAAUGAAGCAGCAUCAGUAAAGUUCAGGGUCAUAUCUGUUACUGAGGUGUCACGGGUAUUUCAUCCUAAUUUCUGUGCCAAAUGGAGGCGGUAUUUGUAUAUUUUCCCUUUAAAUGAUGGAGAGGAGGGGGAUGUUGAGAAUAUAAAUUCUAUAGAAAAUUAUGGCAGUCAAAGAUAUAAAUUUGCUGAACACAUUGGUGAAGAAACCAUUGACGACCUUCUUGACAAUGACGAGGUUAGGCUUGAAAGCCCGACGAAACCAAUGAGGUUUAAAAUAAGCAAGGUUAACCAACUUUUGUAUCAACUGGAAGGAAAAUUGUUAUCAUACAAAAUGUUUGCGCGAGAUACUAAAGCUUCAAGAAACAUAGGUCCACCAACUGAGUGUUUUGUCUACCAUGCUCGAGCUGCUGAAGCCAGAUUACCACCUUCUGCUAAGGAUGCUGAAGGUACAAAGGCAAUGUGUGUUGAGUUGGUUGCUAAUCGCUUCCUACGCAAGAUGGUUCGAGUUAUUGUGGCAACGGCAGUAAGGGAAGCAGCUGCUGGUGCGGAAGAAGAUGCAUUGCUGAAGUUAAUGGGGGCAACAUGUAGACGUGCAACUGCUCCACCAGCGCCACCUGAUGGCCUUUGCCUUGUUGACGUUGGGUAUACAGAAUUUGACUCCAAAAUUUGCCAAAUAUCUUGAGGGAGAGAAGUUCAUAACCAGCAUGCUUCAAUCUAUCCCAUCAGAUAUGUUGAGUAGAAGAUGUUCCUAAUCUGUUGGCAAUAAAUAUCACAUGUAGUAUAUUUAAUUUUUGUACUAUAUAAGUUAAUUACAAUAGUCAUUUUAUUUUCAUUCAUUGUUUCCCAUUAGCCAAAGCAUUUUCAUAUGAAUUCAGCAUUGUCCAGUAGUGUAUUAGAAGAAUCAUUUGAGAAGCUUCACCAAACAGAGGUAGUCAAUGCAAGUUUUACCAGCAAAAGCUAACACAUCGCUGUUGUUUUGUCUAAAAAGAGACUACUUAGAAAUUUGGAUUUGCUUGGGCUUAUUUGGUUAAACUGCAUCAUCUUUGUGUGUUUGUACUAUAAACUAAAUUCUUUUGAAUUUGAACCGACAACCUUUUAUACCAAAUCUGAAUUUAUCUCA